CACAACAUUUCUCUCUCCCUCCUUAGUCCUUGCCCCUCUCUCUCACACGCACAGAAACACACACACACACACAUCCACACUGUCUCUCUGUCUCCCUCUCUCUCUCUCUCAGAGACUCCAAUCGAGCUAGUCGUUAAUGGUGUGUUGUUUCAGAUCUGAGAAAGCUCGUGAAAUUACCGCAUUGACCUUUGUGUAUUUUGUCUGUGUGGCUUUGAUAUUCAGUACAUAAACUUUUAUUAAAAUAAAAAAAUUGCUGUCGUCAGUGUUAUUUUCUUCUGGGAGGUGGCAAAUGGCUCACUCGCUGUCGACGCCGUCGUUUCCGGAGGAGGUGCUGGAGCACGUGUUCUCAUUCCUGAGCUCGGACAAGGACAGGAAUGCGGUUUCAGUGGUGUGCAAGUCGUGGUACGAAAUCGAGAGGUGUUGCAGGAGGAGGAUAUUCAUAGGCAACUGCUACGCGGUGAGCCCUCGGACGGUGAUCCAACGGUUCCAGGAUGUGAGAUCGGUGGAGCUGAAGGGCAAGCCCCAUUUCGCCGACUUCAAUUUGGUACCCGAGGGGUGGGGAGGCUAUGUGCACCCUUGGAUUGCUGCCAUGGCCGCGGCUUACCCUUGGCUGGAAGAAAUCAGGCUCAAGCGGAUGGUGGCCGAUGAGUCCCUGGAGCUGAUCUCUAAGAGCUUUAAGAACUUCAAGGUCUUGGUUUUGUCGACUUGUGAGGGCUUUAGCACUGAUGGACUUGCCGCCAUUGCUGCCAAUUGCAGGAAUCUGAGAGAACUGGACUUGCGGGAGAGUGAAGUGGAGGACCUAAGUGGACACUGGCUUAGCCACUUCCCUGAAACCUGCACAUCAUUAGUGUCACUGAAUAUUGCUUGCUUAGGAUCAGAGGUCAGUUUUUCAGCCUUGGAACGUCUGGUUGCUAGGAGUCCUAAUCUGAGAACUCUUCGUCUCAACCGUGCUGUGCCACUUGAGAAGCUCCCCAUUCUAUUGCACCGUGCCACCCAUUUAGUUGAGUUAGGUACUGGUGCCUACUCAGCUGAGAGCAGGCCUGAUGUCUUCUCAAACCUAGCAGAAGCUUUUUCAGCGUGCAAGCAACUCAAAGGCUUGUCUGGGUUUUGGGACCUUGUUCCUGCUUAUCUUCCGGCAGUGUACUCAGUUUGCUCUAAGCUCACUUCUUUGAACUUGAGUUAUGCCACUAUACAAAGCCCUGAUCUCGUCAAGCUUAUUUGCCAGUGUCAUAGUUUACAGCGGCUGUGGGUAUUAGAUUACAUUGAAGAUGCUGGUCUUGAGAUCCUUGCCAGAUCUUGUAAAGACUUGCAGGAACUGAGGGUGUUUCCUUCUGACCCUUAUGGUGCAGAAGAAAAUGUGCCAUUGACUGAACGAGGCCUUGUCGCUGUAUCAGAGGGCUGCCCCAAGCUCCAUUCGGUUCUCUACUUCUGUAGACGGAUGUCUAAUGCUGCUUUAGUCGCCAUUGCUAGAAGCUGCCCUAACUUUAUAUGCUUCCGACUAUGUAUAAUUGAACCCCGUACUCCUGAUUACUUAACCCUUGAACCAUUUGAUACUGGUUUUGGAGCCAUUGUAGAGCGUUGCAAGGAACUUCGCCGACUCUCCCUCUCUGGCCUCCUCACUGAUCGAGUAUUCGGGUACAUUGGACAACACGGCAAGAAAUUAGAAAUGCUCUCUGUAGCUUUUGCUGGGGAUAGUGAUUUGGGCCUGCAUCAUGUGCUAUCUGGGUGUGAAAGCCUCCGGAAGCUUGAGAUCAGGGACUGCCCGUUUGGGGACAAGCCUCUGCUAGCCAAUGCUGCAAAACUGGAGACAAUGCGAUCCCUUUGGAUGUCAUCUUGCUCGGUAAGUUUUGGAGCAUGUAAGCUGCUAGCCCAGAAGCUGCCUAGGCUUAAUGUUGAAGUUAUGGACGAGAGGGGACCCCCAGAUUCGAGGCCAGAAAGCUGCCCCGUUGAGAAACUCUACAUAUACCGCACAGUUGCAGGGCCUAGGUUUGACAUGCCUGAUUUUGUCUGGAAAAUGGAUGAAGGUGCCGGAUUGAGGUAUUCUUGACCAGUAGUAUUUGCCCCCAUGGUCUUGAGAAAUCAUAAAGCAGGUAAAUGCUCCGUAAGAUAGUCAUUGCUCUCCAUUCAUUUUAGUGAUUCUCUACGUAGUUGCUGGCCCUCUGGAAAUUGGAACAAAGAAGUUCGGGGGUAUGGGGAAGCAAAGCCCAAGAGCUCAAAUGCCAUCCAUUUUGCCUGUUGGCUGAGCAAUUUUAUAGACAGCAGUACUUAAUAAUUCUAAUAAGGAGAUGAAGCUCGGGUUAUUUAUGUAUGUCGUCCAGAAAUCUUGUCUGCAUAAUGACAUGUAUACUAUUAGUAGACUACGGUUUUCCUGUUCGUCUCUCCUUUGUUGUUUGUAACAAUAAGCAUCUUAAAUUCUAUCCCUUGUACUCCAUUAAUUUGCAAUUCUUUUUUCUUGUGGCAAUGAAAAGGAAAUAUCACUCACUCAUAGCGGCGGGUAGGGUGAUAUUUGUGUC